UACCAUAAGUCGGCAGUUGGUGGCACUGAGCGGUUUACACAUGCGUAGAACAUGUAAGCCACGUUGCGCUUAUGUUUCAUGUUGUUUGACAUUUCUUGCAAAUCUGUAAUUUGAAUAUAAAAUGCCUUUGCGACUAGAUAUAAAACGUAAGCUGACAGCCCGGUCUGAUCGUGUGAAAUGUGUGGAUCUGCACCCAACUGAACAAUGGAUGCUAGCAUCGCUGUAUAAUGGAAAUGUGCAUGUGUGGAACCAUGAGAGUCAACAGCUUGUUAAGUCUUUUGAGGUCUGUGAUCUGCCUGUACGGGCAGCAAAAUUUGUGCCCCGCAAAAACUGGGUUGUGACUGGGUCAGAUGAUAUGCAAGUCCGUGUAUUUAACUACAACACUUUGGAACGAGUACAUGCUUUUGAAGCUCAUACUGAUUAUGUCAGAUGUAUUGCUGUUCAUCCUACUCAGCCCUGCAUUUUAACCAGCAGUGAUGACAUGAUGAUCAAACUAUGGAACUGGGAUAAGCAGUGGAUAUGUCAGCAGGUGUUUGAAGGCCACUCUCACUAUGUGAUGCAGAUUGUUAUAAACCCUAAGGACAACAACACUUUUGCUAGUGCAUCACUUGAUCGCACUGUUAAGGUGUGGCAGUUGGGAUCAUCAGCACCAAAUUUCACUCUGGAAGGCCAUGAGAAGGGUGUGAACUGUGUUGAUUAUUACCAUGGUGGCGAUAAGCCAUACUUGAUUUCUGGAGCAGAUGAUCGCCUCGUUAAGAUAUGGGACUAUCAAAACAAGACUUGUGUGCAAACCCUGGAAGGGCAUGCCCAGAAUAUUUCUGCUGUGUGCUUUCAUCCAGAACUUCCUAUUGUGCUCACUGGCUCUGAGGAUGGCACAGUUCGCAUCUGGCAUGCUGGCACUUACAGAUUGGAAUCGUCACUAAAUUAUGGACUUGAGCGAGUGUGGACUGUUGCUUGCAUGAGGGGUUUCAACAAUGUGGCGUUGGGGUAUGAUGAAGGAAGCAUCAUGGUAAAAGUUGGACGAGAAGAACCUGCGGUCUCGAUGGAUGCAAGUGGUGGAAAAAUAAUCUGGGCCCGCCACUCAGAAGUGCAACAGGCCAAUCUUAAAGCAAUGGGAGAAGGCGCAGAGAUCAAGGAUGGUGAGAGACUGCCUCUUGCAGUCAAAGACAUGGGAAGCUGUGAUAUCUAUCCGCAGACGAUUGCCCACAACCCAAAUGGAAGGUUUGUUGUUGUGUGUGGAGAUGGAGAAUACAUAAUAUACACUGCAAUGGCACUUCGGAACAAAGCUUACGGCUCAGCACAGGAGUUUGUGUGGGCUCAGGAUUCAUCCGAAUAUGCUACUCGUGAAGGUAGUUCCACUGUUAAAGUGUUCAAGAACUUCAAGGAGAAGAAGGCAUUUAAACCAGAAUUUGGAGCUGAAGGUAUGUUUCUUCUUAAUUUAUUUGACAAUGAUUUUAUAUAUAUGAAA